AUGAUGUUUAACUCAAGAUUACUCUCGUUAUUGAUUAUAUUCUCCGUAGUACAUGUCGUUUCUGGUUCAUAUCAGUAUGUUGGCUGCUAUCAACAUGCAUUUUAUGAUAGUUUAUUCGUAAGUUCAUAUAUGGAACCAACAUUAUGUUUUCGUUUGUGUCAAACACCAAUGGUUUAUUUACAAACAAGAAUAUGUCGAUGUGCAGGUAGUGGCCUGAUGAGUUAUGACCGUCAAAGAGAUUCACACUGUUCAACACCAUGCUAUAUCGUGAUCAAUGGCGACGUUAAAAAUAAUACAUGUGGUGGUAGGGGAGUAUAUUCCGUUUAUGCCGAGGAACAAUUUUAUACUCGACAUGCGCAUUUACUAAGCUAUAACAUUAAAUUUUCAUCAUGCCAAUUAUGGAAGACUUCUGGUUAUUACCAUACAGUGCAAGCUGAAAUUGAUGAAUCGUCUACUAAUUCAUCAUUGAGUAAAUUAGAACGAUGUGCAGCUGCAUGUCUUGAUCGGAAUACUACAACAAAGUCAAUAGGUUUCAAUGCCAAUAGCAAUCAGUGCUUGUGUAUAGUGUCACCGAAAUCAAAUCUAGAAUCUAGUCGCGCACUUUAUUUAGAAACUGUAUCAAAUAGUAAAUGUGACCGGCAUUGCGACAACAUAUUGGGUGAUUCAAAAGUUAAGCACAAUUUUCAGUGCGGUUCAUUAUCAGAUCAACGUAUAUGGGCCAUAUACGAUCUAAAUUAUGCAUGUCCAAUUGAUUUUGUCUAUGUAGAAGAAUUUCAAAAAUGUGUAUUUGCAGAGAAAGGAUAUAGAAGUACCUGUUCCUCGCCAUCGAUAACGUAUGUUUAUGAUGGAAAUGUCACAUGGAAUGUAUUGUUAAGAAUCAUUGAAAAAUUACACUUAACUAAGUCGAGGAUUUCAAUCAAUUUUGAUAAUAAUGUUACCAUUGAUCCGUCAUGGAAGUGUUCAAAUACAGAAAAUGUCAAUGUUCCCAGUACAACUUCUAUUGACAAGAAUUUGAAUACAAAUUAUGUGUUAGAACGUGGUUGCUUGCUUGUCGUGUCAGGAUUCUCUUAUUUAUACAGACUAUCAAACAAGCUAUGCGUAGAGGACCCAUUGAAUAAAGAUUCAAUAUCAAAAAAUCCUACGCCUGGUGUAUUUUAUAGGCUUACUAUGAAUUUGAUGAAUAGUUGCCCAACAGAUUGGUUUGAUCUUAAUGGAAAUUGUUACCGAAUGUCAACAGAACCUAAAACGAUUCAAGAAGCAAGCGUUAGUUGUAUUAAUAAGCCGAUAGUUGAGACAAAAGAUAAUGACGAAAACAUUAUAUUUAACGAUGAUGAUGAUGAUGAUGAUGAUGUUCGGAGUGAAACGAAUGACGAAAACAAGAAUUAUACGGCGAAUAUUCAGAAUGGUGAAAUUGUUCAAUAUACAUCAGAAUGGCAAGCACACCUUGGCUAUUAUCUUCUUGAUACAAACAUAUCAAGUAUUCAAGAAACGCCUCAACCACUAAGAUCAUUUGAUAGAGAAAUGCCAACGCUAGUGUUCAAUAUUAAUAUCUCUCGUUCGUCUAUAAAUGAAUUUCAAAUGAUUAAUCUAAAUGAAAAUAAGAAUUCAACUGUAAAAGGUGAUUCAUGUAUUCUUUCGACACGUUCAGUCAUCGACGAAAAAGAAAGUUCUGUCAUAAGCAAUGCUCAAAUGAACAAUUGUUCGAAACCAAGACAUGUUUUAUGUAAAACACGAUCUCCUUAUUUUCGAGCUCAUGAGCAUUGUUUAUCUAAACCGUUAACACUUGGUUUACCAACAUUAAUAUCAAAUUAUUUAUCUCAUGAAUUAUGUAUUACUAUGUGUAUGGACUUGAAAACGAAUUCAGUUGUUUUAAAUAAAAAUAAAUGUUAUUGUUUAAAUGCCGAUUAUUCAAAAAUGGCUAAUAAUAAACUAUUUUAUGAACAAUAUCGAACGAAAGAUUGUGGAAAUUUCUGCCCAGGUACGUUGAAUUGA